CACACUUUUUUUUCCCACAACAAUGAGUUCUUAUACUGCAAUUCCUACUGAACAACCUCCUACGUACGAACAGGAACAGGCACCUCGUGUGGCUGGUGAUAAUAUCCCUGAUGACUUCAAGUACUCGGUGGAUGUUGCUUCGUGCGAACUUCCUAUCAGACAGAUGUUUAUCCGUAAAGUCUAUGCCCUUUUAACAAUGCAAGUAAUGGGAACUGUCCUUGUUGGGUAUGUCAUUCGCUCCAAUUCUUCCGUUCAAAACUGGUGUUUGAACAACAUGUGGCUCUUCUUCGUCUCCAUGAUUGGUGCCAUUGGUUUUGCCGUUGCCACUCAUUUCAAGGCCAGGUCGUACCCUACAAACUUGAUUUUAUUAUCUUGCUUUACCCUCUGUGAGGCCUACGGGGUUGGUCUCUCCUGUUCUUUUGUUGAGUCCGAGAUCGUUGUACAAGCUCUUUUGCUUACUUUUGUAAUUUUCAUAGGAUUAACCUUGUUUGCCUUCCAAACUAAGUACGACUUUAUCAGUUGGCAAGGAUUUGUUGGUAUGGGUGUUUGGGCUCUCAUUGGUUGGGGUUUCCUUCUGAUGUUCUUCCCUCAAUCCUCAGGAAUGGAGCUUGUUUACUCCGGACUUGGAGCUAUUUUGUUCAGUAUUUACGUGAUUAUCGACACUCAAAAGAUUUUGAAGACUGCUCAUCUUGAUGAUGAAGUUCCAGCUACCAUUGCCUUGUACUUGGACAUCUUGAACUUAUUCUUAUUCAUCUUACGUAUUCUUCAAAGUAGAGAAGAUUAAC